CAUCCAUGAGUCUCGCUCACACUCGUGCUCAUUCACGUUGACUGUUGACAUAUUCGAUUCAUGGCGGCCGCAUAGAACGUAUUUUGUUUACAUAUUUAGCCCGAUCAAAAUGUCUAAAAAAUCUAUGUACAAGUGUUGUGUUGUGCCCGAUUGUAAGAAUACGACAAUUCGUACGCCAAAUAAGUUAUUCUUUAGCAUUCCGGUCGGGGAGCAGACACGAAGCGAGUGGUGUCGAGCGAUGGGCCGACUUCAACCGAAACACCGGCCCCUACAUCCGAAUUCGAGUCGUUAUUGUUGUGAGGAUCACUUUGACUUGGAGCAUGACAUGGCAAAUUAUUUAAAAUGGAAAUUAGUCGGAUCGUCGAGACUAUGUCUGAGGAAAGGUGUUCUGCCACAUAAGUUUCACUGUCAAAACAGAGUCACCAGUGUAUCGGGAAAUCAGAUAGAGUUCAGUAGCCCGUUGCACAUUAAGGAUGAGGGGAGUGACAGUGAAACAGCUUGUAAUAGCGACCCGACUGAGGCAAGAGAUCUAGAAGAAGCAGUGGAUGGAGACCCAGCGCAGGAAUACUCCAAGCUCAGUACAAACAAGGCAACUGGUGAGGAAGCUUGUGAUGAUCGGGUCGAACCUCGUGAACCUUACAUCGUCAGCAUUAUAUACGUAAAGAAAACGAAAAGAAGACGAGAUACAUAAUUACUUACGUACAUCAAUUAUUAAUUUAGAAUUUUGCUCCGGAAAAUUGUAACUGAAAUGCUAUCUUAGAUCAUUUUAAUGUUAUAUAUUCCUACUAGCGUCCCGCUCCGGCUUCGCACGGGUGCAAUGCUGAUACUUGAUAUACUUAGAUGAUCAAAAUCCGUUGCGUAGUUUUAAAGAUCUAAUGGGGACGGGCAGACAGCGGGAAGCGACUUUGUUUUAUACUAGGAAUGUUGUGAUAUGCUUAAGUACGUUACGUAAAUUAUUUGUCUAAAAUAAACAGCUUAACCAUUUAGCAAUUUAUGUAGGUGACUUAUACUUGUGAAAUUUAUCACAAGCUAGUGCAGAUUAAGAUUAACAUUCGCUUUCCUUAAUCCGUUUGUUUGUGGCGUGCUAGUGUGUGCGGGAAGUUUUUGACAGACUUUAUUGGCUGUCUGGUAACAAGGAUUCGUUAUAGUUUUAAUGCUGUUGGGGUAGUUCUUGCAUACGAUAUGCUUUAGAUCGGUGACGCAUUUAGAUGUAGAUAUUCCGUCGAAAGUAGAACGAGAAAUUUACCAUUUUUUUUUGUCUAAAGAUUUUCUUCAAGUAAAGAAGCCACGCAAAUUAAAAAAAAAA